AUGGCGAGAGUCGGUGGUGAGCUUAAGCUGCUGGGGCUGUGGGCAAGCCCGUUCGUCACCAGAGCGAAGCUGGCGCUCCAGAUCAAGGGCCUAAGCUACGAGUACGUCGAAGAGGAUCUCGGCAACAAGAGCGAGCUCCUGCUCAGCUCCAACCCGGUGCACAAGGCGGUGCCAGUGCUGAUCCACAACGGGAAGCCGGUCUGCGAGUCGUCCGUCAUCGUGCAGUACAUCGACGACGCUUUCGCCGGCACUGGCCCGUCCCUCCUCCCCGCCGACCCCUACCAGCGCGCCGUUGCUCGCUUCUGGGCCGCCUACCUCGAAGACAAGCUGGUGGAGCCCUGGUUCAAGAUGCUUGACGGCACCAGGACACGAGCGGAGAUGGGCGAGGGGGUGAAGCAGAUGCUCGCGGCGGUGGCGACCCUGGAGGGCGCGCUGGCGCAGUGCUCCAAGGGGAGACCCUUCUUCGGCGGCGACGGUGUCGGGUACGUGGACGUCGCGCUGGGCGGCCUCCUCGUGUGGGUGCGCGCGUCCGAGGUACUGCUCGGCGUCAAGUUCCUCGACGCCGCCAGGACCCCGCUCCUAGCGGCCUGGGCCGAGCGCUUCGCCUCGCUUGACGCGGCCAAGGCGACCCUGCCGGACUUCGGCAGGGUGAUCAAGCACGCCAUGAUGAGGCGGGGCGCGGCGGCAGCCGCUCUGGCGCAGAAUAACUGA